AGAAGUAAACUGAUCGUCGUCACCGUCCAUCAUGUAUCGGCGCGUUCGCGGUGGUCGACGCAACAUCGCAACGUCAGCCAUCGCUCAGCGCGGUUAAGCCACUUGUGCGAUCUGCCACGUGCCUUGUGGAGUAGCUGAUGCGCGCUUUUUUUUUUGGUGUUCACACGGAGACCUCAAUCAUCUUAUGGAGGGGAACGAUGUCAGUCUCCCUCCAACAUGGAAGCUCAUUCCUUGUCUUGGCAACAGAUCAUGUGCCAGGCAUGUGAGGGAUGCCGACGAGGAGGUCUUCUACCUUUACACUGUCACGGCGGCGCCAACGGGACGUGUCGGACUGGGACAGGUGGACAGCUCGCACGACCUUCUCUCCCUUUCCGUGCGGCUUCGUAGCGAGGGAACGCGAGAUGUAGAAAUUACUGCUCAGCGGGCUGAUGAAGUAGAACACAAGGCUCAGAAGAAUACCAGUAAGAGCAGCAGCAGCAGUAGCAUCAGCAGUAGCAGCAGCAUCCGCACAAGCCGAGGCAGCAGAAGAGUCCAAGCGACCCGGAACGAUCGUCUGACUACAACGGUUGUCCUGCGUCAGGAUUCGACAAGCUUGAAGAGUACCAACGGCGACACAGGAAGCGUCGUUUGGCGAUCGAGUGUCUACCUCGCAGCCAAGAUUCUCGCAGAUUUGUCUGUGAGGAAAAGGACUGACGAAACGCCUUCCGAGCUCUUCUCGACUUCGAGGCUGCUUCAAUCAACGGUCUUAGAGCUGGGGGCAGGGACGGGCGUCUUACCUGCCGUACUCUUUUCUCGUCCCGACCUUCUCCAGGGUUUAUCGGCCGAUCCGAUGUCUUCUCCUGGUGCUCUUCGUUGGCUUGCGACGGAUCAGGAGGCCAUAUUUGGGCUCUUGGAAAGGAACAUGCGCUCGACGCAGGCUUAUCUCACAGGUUCUGAGCAUCGCGUGGAGGCCGCUGUCCUCGACUGGUUCCAAGCAUCACAAAUCUGGCAAGCUGCCGCCCCUUUUUCCUUGUCGCUGGCACGUUACCGAGACCAGCUGUUCUCGGGAUGGGAGAAAACGUGGUCAAGAAGCAGCACGGAGCAAGAAGAGCACAAUCGUCCGGACCUGAUCAUUGCAACAGACUGCAUCUUCAACGCACAUUUACUCCAACCUCUACUCCAUACUCUUGCUCUCUUCGCCGUUCCCAAUCAUACCCUGGUUCUGGUCGUCUGCGAACUAAGAGAACCAGAGCUAAUUCGGGAACUGCUCGAGCUUUGGCUCAGUCCUGGUCCGCGAGGCGAGCAAUGGUGCAUUGUGGCGCUGCAGACACCAGAAGAGGCCGGCGAGGACGAAGAGCGCAAGCUGACAAGUUCCACGCCCGAAUGUGCCCUCGGGCAUGCCCUCGAAAAGGGUUCUGUGGGUUGGGUGGCUUGGCGGGUCAAGUGACGUUUUUGCCCUCUCACCCAACGUAAUGCCAAUUUUCUCUCCGCCGGUGUUGACGGGGUCGCGACUAAUUUUUGAGUGUUGCCCCUGAAAGUCUCUCAUCACAAAACCAU